CAUCCAUUGGACUUCCGUUUGACUCGUUUUGCCAUUUUAUUGACGCCUUUGUCUCUUUGCCCACAAUUAUCCACAUAUUUGUCACAACUUUGCCAUCAAUUGCAAGCACUGGUCAUCACAAACACCACACACUAUGACUGGAACUCCUGUCAAAGCAGAGAACGACCAAAACAAUGGUCACGAAGAGAAUGACAGCAAUGAAUACGAAGAGCAAAACGACAUUAAUAUGAAUGACAACCAAAACAGCGAUACGACUGAAGAGAACGGCAAUAAUGACAACAAAGCCGACGAAAGUAACGCCAAUAACAGUAACGCCGACGACGACAAUGAAGAACCGGAACAGUUCCGCAAACUAUUCAUCGGUGGUCUGGACUACAAGACCACUGAAGACACGCUUCGCUCGCAUUUCGAUCAGUGGGGAGAAAUCGUGGACUGCGUUGUCAUGAGAGACCCGCAGAGCAAGAGAUCCCGAGGUUUUGGGUUCAUUACGUACAGCAAGGCAUCGAUGGUGGACGCGGCGCAGGCCUCGCGACCCCAUAAAGUGGACGGACGAGAAGUGGAGCCCAAGCGAGCGGUUCCCCGAGAGGAUUCGGGUAAACCUGAGGCUCAGGCGACGGUUAAGAAAGUGUUUUUGGGAGGACUUAAGGAAGACAUCGAAGAGAAUGACUUAAAGGACUAUUUCAUUGAAUUCGGAAAUGUAGUGAACGUUAACAUUGUCACCGAAAAGGAGACGGGAAAGAAGAGGGGAUUCGCUUUCGUCGAGUUCGACGACUACGAUCCCGUCGACAAGAUUGUCCUGAAGAGACAUCACGUGAUCAAAGGAAAGCGAACUGAAGUGAAGAAAGCGCUGUCGAAGCAAGAGAUGGACACAAUGAAGAGGAAGACUGAGGCGCGCGGCUCUAACCCCAGGGGUGGUCAGGGCGGCAGAAACGCACCCGUCUGGGAGUCCGGACCCGGCAAUUAUGGCGGUGGCUAUGGAGGCGGCGGUUACGGUGGCCAAGGAGGCUACGGCGGCGGAUAUGGUGGCGGAUACGGCCAAAGCAAUUACGGCAACCAAGGGGGCGGUUGGAAUCAGGGCGGGGGAUAUGGCAUGAGUGAGUGGUUGGAUGUGUUGUCUUAGGAAUUGUUUCUAAA